AUGUCCCGAGCCUUCGGGGACUUGGCGUGCAACGGCGUGCUCAGGGAGCCCGAGUAUAAGCAGCUGUUCGUCCAGCCGACCGAUGAGGUCUACAUGAUCUUGGCCUCGGACGGGAUCUGGGAGUUCAUCAAUUACGAGGAUGCGGUGGAGCUCUCGGCCAAGAAGCUGCGCCUCAAGGGUCCCAGGGAGACCGUUAACUUCCUCAAGGGCGCCAGCCGGAAGCGGUGGGCCCACGUCUGCGGUGACUACUGCGACGACAUCACGUGCAUAUUGGUGCAGUGGAACGCGAAGGAUAAGGGCGACACGGCGUCGAAGACGAGCCAAUCCCUCGCUGUCAGCAGGCAUGAAUGA